AUCUGCCUCCCUCCACCAGGCUGCCCUUCUCUGGCUUCUUCCUCCUGAUCCAAGUUCUCUACAUUCAUCUCUCUGCCUCCAGGACUGGUAUAAGAGCUGAGCUCAGGUGAGCUGGCUCCUCCUGUCUUGUCUCAGCGGCUGCCAACAGAUCAUGAGCCAUCAGCUCCUCUGGGGCCAGCUGUAGGACAACAGAACUCUCACCAAAGGACCAGACACAGUGGGCACCAUGGGACAGUGUCGCUCAGCCAACGCAGAGGAUGCUCAGGAAUUCAGUGAUGUGGAGAGGGCCAUUGAGACCCUCAUCAAGAACUUCCACCAGUACUCUGUGGAGGGUGGGAAGGAGACGCUGACCCCUUCUGAGCUACGGGACCUGGUCACCCAGCAGCUGCCCCACCUCAUGCCGAGCAACUGUGGCCUGGAAGAGAAAAUUGCCAACCUGGGCAGCUGCAAUGACUCUAAACUGGAGUUCAGGAGUUUCUGGGAGCUGAUUGGAGAAGCGGCCAAGAGUGUGAAGCUGGAGAGGCCUGUCCGGGGGCGCUGAGAACUCCCUCUGGAAUUCUUGGGGGGUGUUGGGGAGAGACUGUGGGCCUGGAAAUAAAACUCCUCUCCUCUACCA